CUGAUUAUUUAGAGUUCUAAAAAUUAAUCAAAGGAUAUUUGGCUAAUUUUUCCAUGUACUUUAACCAUAUUUGAAAGCUAUCUUUUGGCUGAAAGGUGUCACAACUGCAUGUGUUGAGGAACCUUGAUCGACUAUGCCUGGAAAUAAUGAAUCGAGGGUCACAGAACUCAUACUUCUAGGCUUUGGAAAUCUUUAUGGCUUCAACAUUUUAAUUUUCAUCUUAUUCCUUAACAUUUUCUUAAUCACAGUAAUUGGAAAUCUUUUGAUCAUUGUGCUAGUUUUAAAUAGUCAUCACCUUCAUUCUCCCAUGUAUUUAUUUCUUUGUCAUUUAUCAUUGUCUGAUAUUGUGCAGACAGCGAAUAUUCUUCCCAACCUAAUGGGAGCAAUCUUACAUGGUGGGAAAGUAAUGACAAUUUUUGGCUGUAUAACUCAAUGCUACUUUUUUAGUGGUGUGAUUGCUGCAGAAUGCUUCCUGCUCACAGUGAUGUCCUAUGAUCGAUACCUGGCUAUAUGUGUUCCAUUACGUUACACCUCAAUCAUGGACUUUACAUUGCGUACCUGUCUGUCUGUCUUACCCUGGAUGUUAGGAUUUACCCUGAAUCUCUCAGGUAUCAUACCUAUAUCUACCUUUCAGUUCUGUGAUGAAAACAUAAUUGACCAUAUAUAUUGUGACAUGUCCCCUCUCCAAAAACUUUCAUGUUCAGACACGUCUGUGGUGGAAUUUGUUGCCUUUGUCAUUUCUGCUCCUUUAUUUAUUUGUCCUUGUGGUUUUAUCACACUGACUUAUGUUCAUAUCUUCCUUAUGAUACUUAGGAUCCCUUCUACAACUGGAAGGCAGAAAACCUUUUCAACCUGCAGUUCCCACCUUCUCGUGGUUGGUGCAUUUUUUGGGACAUUAAUAACCAAGUACAUGAUACCAUCCGUAGGACAUUCAUUGCUUAUGAAUAAAAUUAUAUCAUUGCUGCAUACAGCAUUUACCCCCUUAUUUAACCCAUUAGUAUACAGUCUAAGAAACCAAGACAUUAGGACAGCACUAAGAAAGAUUUCUGAAUGUUAG